AAUACAGGCGGUCCGCUACUGCAAACCCUCUUCUCCCGUCGGAUUACAGCCGAGGCACCACGCUAAGGAACGCUUACCGAGCCAUAAAACGUCGAAUAAAGCCAAUAUACCAAAAUGAGUGGACUGCAGUGCCUCGCCUCCGAGAACAUCUGGUUCGACAAACCUCUCUACGAUGAAGCCGAGAAGUGCUUCUACGAGGGAGCCAACGGACCUCCUUCACAGGCCAAAACGGCCCUGCUGCCCAAGGGGCGCCAGCAGAGACCGCGGAACAGAAACUCAUCCUCACAUGCAGGAGGAGACCAGGAGCUGGUUACACGCAUGAAGAGCAUGGAGCUGGAGAACCAUACUCUGCACAAAGUGGUGGCUGAAAUGAGAGCAGCCCUGCAGACGCUGGAGAACAGAGUGGCCACGCUGGAAAAGAGCCCAGCGGGCGUCCCAAGUGCUAAGGCUGCUCCAGUCCAGGCUGUUCCAGUCAAACAGGUGCAAAAUGGAGAUGAUGAAGACGAGGAUGACGACAUGGACUUGUUUGGCAGUGAUGAUGAGGAUGACGAAGAAGCCGAACGCCUUAAGCAGGAGCGCCUGGAUGCCUAUGCCGCCAAGAAGUCCAAGAAACCCACCCUCAUAGCCAAGUCGUCUCUCCUUUUAGACGUCAAGCCCUGGGACGAUGAGACGGACAUGGCCAAGCUGGAGGAGUGUGUGCGCUCGGUGCAGAUGGACGGGCUCCUGUGGGGAGCGUCCAAACUGGUUCCCGUCGGAUACGGCAUCAAGAAGCUGCAGAUCACCUGCGUGAUCGUGGACGACAAAGUUGGCACAGACAUGCUGGAGGAGGAGAUCACCAAGUUUGAGGACUUAAUCCAGAGUAUAGACGUUGCUGCCUUCAAUAAGAUCUAAGCUCCACCAGUUGUUUACCUGCUCCACCAAAGUGUUGCUGCUGCUCCCUGCUUGCAUGUUGAUUAAAAUAUUAAGUUUUGAGCAAAUUC